AUGGAGAGUACUUGGAGAAUUUGUGUUUGUUUCUACUGCUGCCUUCACUGGCUUUCUUCUAGCAUCCAGUGUUCCCCCCGCUCCAGGGGUCGGGUCGUCUCUGACAAGACCUCUGGGUUAUUGGCAGCUCCUGAGGACACUGCCAGCGAGCUAAAUCCAUUGUUGCAGCUGCCAAAAGGUGUGAGACAACGUGGAUAUGCCCUCCUGCCUCCCCUGCUCAAGGUGCUGUCUGACCGGGGACACCAGAACUGGGAAAGCGAACCCCCCCGGCUACAGCCAGACUCCAGAGCCCUUCGGUACAUGAAGAGGCUCUAUAAGAUGUCUGCUACCAAGGAGGGAAUCCCAAAGGCUAACAAAGGCCACCUCUAUAACACUGUUCGACUUUUCACUCCGUGUUCUGAAUGCAAGCACAGUCACAGAGACCUCAUGAAAGGAGAUGUUCACUCGGUGGAUUUACUCUUCAACCUGGACCGUGUUACUGCUCUAGAGCACUUACUCAAGUCUGUCUUGCUCUAUUCCUUUGACACGUCAGUUCCCAUUUCUUCUUCCAUUACAUGCAUGUGCCAUUUAUCCAUUAAGGAGCGUGAUUUUUCUAGCCAAGUAUGCCCCAGUGUGUCACACACGAUAGCUUUUAGCCUGCACUUUCAAGUUAGAAAACGCAAGUGGGUCGAGAUUGAUGUGACUUCCUUUCUCCAGCCUCUAAUCGCUACUAACAGGAGGAAUAUUCAUAUGGCUGUGAACUUCACUUGUCUGAUGGGUGAUCCACAACAGAACACUAAACUGGAAAAUGCCAUUAAUACGGCACUGGUUCCCCCUUCUCUUCUUCUUUAUCUGAAUGAUACCAGCGAGCAAGCUUAUCACAGGUGGAACUCACUUAGACACAGAAGGAAAAACCCAGUGCGGCCCCGGCAAAGGAACAGUCUGCUUGUUGGUCCUACGGGUGACAAAGGACAAGAAAAUUCUCAGGGUAAAAGGGCCUCUCGGCGGCGAAGAGAUGGGAACCUGAAAGAAGCACCAGCAACGCCGCCUCAUAAUCUGAGCGAGUAUUUCAAACAAUUUCUGUUCCCUCAAAACGAGUGUGAGCUUCACAACUUCCGUCUAAGUUUUAGCCAGCUAAAAUGGGACAGAUGGAUAAUCGCACCGCACAGGUACAGCCCUCAGUACUGCAAAGGCGACUGCCCAAGGGUCGUCGGGCAUCGUUACGGCUCUCCCGUGCACACAAUGGUACAGAACAUCAUUUAUGAGAAACUGGACUCCUCUGUUCCAAAGCCCUCCUGCGUUCCUGCCGAGUACAGCCCACUGAGUGUCCUAACCAUAGAGCCCGACGGCUCCAUAGUCUACAAAGAGUAUGAAGACAUGAUAGCUACCAAGUGCACUUGUCGGUAG